AUGACAAGUGAAAAGAAAGAGGAGAUAAGUGAUGAGGGAUUGAUGCAAAAUGAUGAUAAUGAUGAUAACAAGAAGAUAGCAACAUCCGAGAUAAUAUAUGCUCGUGGUGGAAAGGAGGAUUUUGUAAGUUUAGUUAAUGCCAGUAAUGAAACCAAUGGUUGGACGCGAAAAUAUCGUGAUUACGAUUGUUACAGAAAAAUGUUGGGUCCUACAAAAUUGCAUGAUAUUGCUGCAAGGACAAAAAUUGGUGAUUAUGUUGGAUCAUGUAUAUGUCUGGAAUUUGAUAAUUAUGCAUUUGUAUCCUUGUACUACGUACGUCCCGAAUAUCGGAAGCACGGUGUCGGGACUGAAUUAUUCAAGCGUGUUAUUGAUGAUAAUUUACGCAAGAAAAAUAUUGGAUUAAAUUCUGUACGAAUUAUGUCAUCAGUAUAUAGCGAGAAACUUGGUUUCAACAAACAAGCAUCUUGGUUGAUUGAUAUUAUUAAAGCGAAAAAUAUUGAUAAACAAAAAAUUAUCGUUGAUGAUAUUCAUUUAACCGUAAAAGAUGGCAAAGAAAUAAGCCUAAAGCGAAUUGUUGAUUAUGAUGCUAAAGUUGCAAAGUAUCGACGUGAAGACUUUGUUAGACAAUGGGCUGUAGAUCGUAUUGAUGGCGUCUGUAAGGUAUUGGUUAAUUCAAAUGAUGAAAUUGUUGGUUACGGUUGUGGCCGCUUGCUAUCAAUCGUUGGCCAUCCAAGUUUUGGGCCUAUGUACUGUGAUUCGGAUGAUGGAUUCAAACUUCUUUUUCAUGCCUUACAUUCGUGUUUUAAUGAAGAGCUAAAGGAGCAAAAUUGCAUCAAUUUAUUUAUGCCAACGAUAAAAUCAACAACAGUACAACAAAUGCUUCACGGUGCUGCUGAAUUUCAUUUGAGGGAACAACUUAUUCCUCAAUUCACUCAAAAAAUACCCGACAACGAUAUUGAUAAAGUUUACUGCGUUGCCGAUGUAACAAUGUUUAUUUAA